UAGGAGGAAGCCGGCCUAUGGGGUGCGGAGAUUGGGGUGUCGCUGGCAGUGAGGGCGGCGGAGGCUCGAAGGGGAAUUGGGGAAUAAAUGAAUGGUGACGGCGGCCGUGCGCCCGAGAAAUGGGGAAGAUGAUAGUCGGCUUCUUCCUCUUCAUCUCGCCAGCCUUUCCCGUCGGACCGUCGCGAAUGGAGCUGCACGCCGAGGCCAAAGAGCUCUGCUUCGGAGUGAACAAUGAGCCUUACUGGUGUGAAACGGGAUACUGCUGUGGGGAGACUGAAUGUUGCACCUACUAUUACGAACUGUGGUGGUUCUGGUUGGUCUGGACUAUAAUUAUCAUGCUUAGCUGUUGCUGUGCUUAUCGUCAUCGGCGUGUGAAACUCAGAUUACAACAGGAGCAGCGACAGAGGGAGAUCAGUCUGAUGGCAUAUCAGGGUGCUAGCACCUACACAACACAACCACUGGAUUUAAGGUUCUGGGCAAACUGCAAGCUCCCAGACUACGAGGAAGUAGCAGGCCACCCAGCUACACCGCCGCCUCCCUAUUCUGAGCCACAACAACAGAACGGGCAAGCCUCUAUCGAUGAAAAUGCUCUCGUAGAGAGCCAGCCUGCUCUGCAGGAGUCUGCGGCCUCGCUAGUGCAAGAUGUGGAGACCAGCUCAUCUGCUGAACAGGAAGGCGAGCAGGCGGGGCCUGACACCCCAGUGCUCAAUGGUUCAAGUGACAGGAUAAAUGGUGAUACAGUCCAAGGGGAGGAAUCUGCUGAUUUUAAAACCUUGGAGACGGAUUCUCAUUUGUGUGACCACGGAGAAAUGAAGGAAGACAACUCCUCGAGGCACCGGCGAAUCACUGGAGACUCUGGCAUAGAGGUGUGCGUGUGCCAGAUGGAUGAGGACCCUUACCAUGAGGAAGUGGGUCUGAUGAAUGGCGACAGCGCCCGCGAGUGUUGUGAGGCGCAGUCAUCAUGUAGCUCCCAGAUUGUCAAACAGGCUCCAAGCGAGCAGCCGAAACAGUGCUCGACAAAAGAGCAGGGGGAGGAGGAGAACAGUGAUGUGGUAUAAAUGUGCCCCUAUUGCUGGUACUUGAGUCAAACAGAUGGUGCAAUCUAUGACUGCUGACUGUUAAGCAUUAAUUAAUUCUGGACUUACGAUAUGUUUUCCACAAGGUACCCCGUGUCAAUCAGGUGAAAGACACAAAUUGUAGUCUAUAGACAGCUUUGUAUCUGUCUGGCGUUUCAGUCGGGUGGCCUACAAAUAGUCCAGAUUUCUUAUUAGCAAUUUUUAAAAUACUAUAGCAAUAUAAUGAGUGGAUAAUUUUCAAACUUUUGUCUUCAAGGCCUCUUAUUAGAAAAAUAUUCAGGCUUGUUUUGCCAUUUAAAACAAACUCACUCCAAUUUUUAAAAAAAAAUUACUUUGUAAAAUAGUGGGGUGAGGAAGGAAGCCUUUCUCUAACCUCAACUAUAGUUUGAGGGGAAAUGGAGCCUUUUCAGCAUUUCCCAUUUGCUGUUGUAUAGCAUUCGGAACAUGAAGGAGUUUCUCGAACUACUUCAGUUAAAUGCGUCACUGGAGGACUUCCAUCCUUGCAGUGUCCAUGUAGCUUCCUGUAGAGUUCCUGACAAAAGUCCUGCCUAGAAUUGGACAGUCGGUACGUGGUGACUCUAUGCCCUGUGAUGCAGCAUGUUAACUGGUUUACUGCCAUAUCCCAAGGAUUCUCACAUCAUUUAACUUAUUAAAAGAUGGAUCUGUUGUAUUACAACACAUUACCCAUCUGAAACUUCCUGGCUUCUUUUAUGCAGGAGGCUCAGUUUUAAUAAAAAUUGUUUGGUCUGCACUAAUGCAUUGUAUAAGUUUACUUUUAAGUUUAAGUUUAGAUUUGGCAUUAAGUCUAUUUCUGUGGUACUUUUGUUAUAAGUUUAACAGAAAACAAAAAUGUAUUACAAUUUGAAUGUUGAUGUGCUAAAUGAUAUACCAAACUUUUAUUCGUGCUAGGUAUAGUGUCUCCAUUAUAUUACAAAAAGCGCCAAACCCGAGGCAGUUGUUUAUAGAAUAGUAAAUGCAGUUUCUACCAGAAGAAAGUGUUAGAUGUUCAUCAUGUGUUUUACAGGUAUUCUGCCCAUUUGACGCAUAACCUGUUACACUGGAAUUCCAUCAGAAUUAUAGAAAGGUUUGCAAUAGUCAUGUUUCACAUUCUUGUCUGAUGAGCUUGGAUGAGGUACGGUAAGGACUUAGUUUUAGCAAGUGAAAUACUGGCAGUUACAGAGCAAUUGAAGAUGUAAUACUUGACAAUAUCGGCAUGUGUGUUUUUUCUCCCAUUGAAUAUAUAGGCAAUACCUCUGUGAAUCUUUAUUUCAGCCUUGGGUUAGUUAUGGCAAUUAUUGCUUAUAGUUUUUGAUUUAUAAAAUAUCUAUAAGCAUAAAUAGUGUUGGAAACAUGCCUUAGACUUCUGAAGAAUUGGUGUAGGGAAGGCUAAUGUGAAUGCAAACAGAUAAUUCUGUGUGAAAUUAGAGACUCAAUUAGAUGUGCAACAGUUAUGGCAGGAUUUGUAUGCCAUUACUUCCUACCGGAUGAAACCCAACAGUAUAAAUAGCAGUGAUGCUUCAUAUACUGGCGAGCUCCACACGUUUAAUGCAUGUUUUGAAAGGGAGAAUAAAACUGGUGUGAACCCCUGCAGCAUCUGGCAACCCUAUGAUAUGUGUUUCAGAGGCCAGCAUCAGGGCAUUCUUCAAGAGGGUGAACCCUCAAGGCAUCAGACUCCGACGUUGUACUGGCUGGGUACUGAUAACCUGUGCCAUCCAACUGGCGGGAGUGUUCAAGGAGAUCCUUAACCUCCCAUUGCUACGGUCGGAGGGCAUCCCAUUGCUUCAGAAGGGCAUCAAUCAUACUAGUGCACAGGAAGAUCAGGGUGAGUUGCCUCAUCAAUUAUCGCCUGAUAGAACAUUGACUGAGAAGUGCUUUGAGAGGUCAGUCAUGGCUAGAAUUAACUCCUGCUUGAGCAAGACCCUGGAAACCUUGCAAUUUGCCUACUGCCACCACAGGUCUGCAGCAGAUGCGAUGUUACAGGCCUUCCACUUGGCUUUGAACUAUCUAGAAAGCAGCAACAUGUAAAACAGCCUGCUGUUUAUCAAUUACAGCUGGGUGUUCAACACUAUCAUCCCUUUGACACCAUUGUCUCCUUGGUACUAAUCAACAAGCUUCAAAACUUGGGCCUUUCUACUUCCAAAAGAUGCAUAGCUCGUUGAUUUGUUCUCCAAUCUUUGAAAUCUGCUUACAAAUGUUUAAUCACCACGGGAGGAGUCAUUGUCAGUGUGAUGUUGAUUGUGGUUCUGUCCUCUGAAUGUAUAAAUAGGAUCAAGGUGAACAAACACAUAGACCGGAAUCCUAUUUAUGAGCUAAUUCCCCACAUCAUAAUUGAGUUUCUGAAAUGAUGUCGUCAUCUGAUUGAGAAGAAUGUAAAGGCCAAGCAUUCAGAGGACAUCAUGAUCAACAGCACACUGAGAAUGUCUCUUCACAUGGUGACAAUGUUUGUAAGUAAACUGCCAAGAUCGGAAAGCAACUCAACCCAACCCUUCUACCUCCCUCAGACAUGGGAUCCUUUAUUUCCUCAUUGGGAGACUACAGCUAGUGAUGCAAUCUUGAAGAAGGCACACCAGUGGCUCUGUGUCUUUAGGAGUUUGAGAUGAUAUCUACGGCACUAAAGACUUGCAAAUUUCUAAAAGGUGUGCAGUGGAGAACAUUCUAACUGGUUGCCUUACUGCCUGGUGUGUAUAGGACCACAGAAGGCUGCAGAGGGUUGUAGACUUGGUCAGCUCCAUUAUAGGCACAACCCUCUCCAUGGAAGACUCUUCAAAAGGCAGUGGCUCAGAAGGGCAGUAUCCAUCAUUAACGACACUUGCCAUCUAGAACAUGCCCUCUUAUUACUAUCAUCAGGGAGGAUGUGCAAGAGCCUGAAGCCCCACACUCUGUUUUAGGAACAGCUUUUUUCCCCCCUCUGGUCCCUGAACACUACCUCGUUAUUCUUCUUUUGCACUAUUUAUUUAUUUUAGCUUGUGAUCUUUAUGUAUUGCACUGUACUGCUGCCACAAAGCAACAAAUUUACAAGAUAUCAGUGACAAUAAAUCUGAUUCAGGUGAUACCUGCCAAAUGUAAUCUUCCCCAUUGCCCUUGCCAGACCUGUACUCCUCUUUGCACUCCCUCCUUUCCAUCUUAAACUAGAGAAAAGCAUUAGUCUUGUGAACUUCACUGAAAAUAUUCUAAACAAACACUACAAAAAAAAGAAAAUGGAAUUACAGAAGUCUAUUAAUAUAAACAACAAUAUAUGCACAAGGAUUACUGUUUUGUUACCUUUAUUUUUAUAAAAUCUCAGUGAAGGGCAUGGCCAUAAUUGAUGCCAUACAAGCAAUGGGAAUGCCUUUUUCAAAGAAAGAAACCCAGCAGGCGUUAAGAGCAGUAAGAAUUUAUAACAAGUUUCCAAACUCGGUGUUGAUUGAUCACAGUGAACAAGCAGAGUUGGCACAUCUUUCUGUGAUCAUUCUGAACUCUGUAAUAAAUUACUGAUGUCAUAAUAGUUAGCUAAAUAGUAUGUGCGACAUUUGCUAAUGACAUUCAGCCAUAAUUUUUAAAUCAGUGAGAAGGCAAAGUAAAUGCAGAAAUUGCCCUCUUGUGUCUUUUGCAUAACACCUUGUCAUAAAUCAUGACUGAGGUGGUGGAGAGAAAGGAGCUUCUGAAAACGGACUACCAAUGACCAGCAAUGAGAGCAAUUGAAGACUCAGCACUGUACAGUGGGGAGACAGGCCCCCCAUAUUGAUGCAGAUCAUGAGCCACCUAGUGAUUUAAUUUGGUAAAUUAUUUGAAACAUCACUCUGGUCACUUUAUUAGGUACACCUGUACACCUUUAUUAAUGCAACUAUCGAAUCAGCCAAUCAUGUGGCAACAACUCAGUGCAUUAAAGCAUGCAGACAUGGUCAAGAGGUUCAGUUGUUGUUCAGCCCAAAUAUCAGAAUGGCAUAACUACCACUCACUGGAUGCUUUCUGUGGGCAAAAAUGCCAUGUUAAUGAGAGAGGUCAGAGGAGACUGGCCGGUCUAGUUCAAGCUGACAGGAAGGCAACAGGAACUCAAGAAAUCAUGUUUCACAACAGCAGUGUGCAGUAGAGCAUCUCUGAACCUUGGAGGAUGAGCUACAACAGUAGCUGUCCGCACUGGGUUUCCCUCCUAUACCUAAUAAAGUGGCCACUGAGUAUAGAUUGAAAGGGUACGCGUGAAAGUUUAAAUAAACCCAACUGAAGUAAACUUAACACGAGGAAAUCUGCAGAUGCUGGAAGUUCAAGCAACACACACAAAAUGCUGGUGGAACGCAGCAGGCCAGGCAGCAUCUAUAGGGAGAAGCACUGUUGACGUUUCGGACCGAGACCCUUCCUCAAGACUCAAAGACCAGCAAUCCCAACGAAGGGUCUCGGCCUGAAAUGUUGACAGUGCUUCUCCUUAUAGAUGCUGCUUGGCCUGCUGUGUUCCACCACCAUUUUGUGUGAAGUAAACUUAAGUUUGUGAUCUGUGGAUUUGAAUAGUUCUUUAAAAAUUUAAUUUUGAACAGUAAAAUAUGUUGAGGCCUUUAAAUGGCUGUUUAUACAGAUGAGGGAUAUAAUAGAAGUAACAAGGUUGCCUGAAUUGUUUCCAACAGUAAAGGCUGAUCACAUGGGAGAAAUAGCACAUAGUGGCCAUGUUAUUAAGGGGAAAGUAAGCUGAUUGUAAAGGAUCCUGUGAGUAAAGAAUCCGACAGUAGGAUGUAAGGGACAGUAGUAAUUUCAAGGUUCUCUGCAUUCCCAUCUGAGCAAAGUGGAAAAUGGAAUGUAUUGGCCAUAAGCACUGAGCUGAGGCAGUGCAUCAAAAGGGGCAAUUGAACAAUUUCCUUGGUGUUUUUUUAAUGUAAAGAAUUGGCUGUCCUUUGGAGUAUUAUUUUGAGGGAGAUCAUUUGUUUUUUUGCAAUCUCAGAGUACUGUUAUAUUUUGAUGCCUUUUUAAUAUGAACAUUUUAAUUUUGUAAUUUGAUAGGGACAAUGAUAGAUGCAUGUUCUAUGGUGUGAUUUCAUUGUACUCUGAAUUACAGUGCUGAAGUCUUUUUUUAUAUAUAUAUAUAUAAAAAGAAUAAAUGAAAAUUGUUUCCUUGCUGCUACUUAAGAUCACGAAUGAAUUAUUUUUGGCACAUUAGGAUUUGAUGACAAGCAGAUCUAUCUGUCUGAUUCUGGAUGCAAGUUAUCCUGAGACCCAUCAGAAUACAGUUUAAGGUGUGAUGUUUGUUUAUUUAGAGAUACUGCAUGAUGACUGACCCCUUUCCAGCUCAACAAGCCCAUGGUGCCCAAUUCCACCCAUGCAACCAAUAAACCUGUACGUUUUUGUAUAUCCUCUCUGUGAUUACUUGGCUUUCCUCCCACAUUGCAAACUCCUUUCAGACAAACCCCGAUCAGUGAUUAUUGACACUGUAAAGUAAUAAUGCUGAUUGACACUGUCCUUAUUUUGAUGCAUUCUGAUCCAGUGAGCCUGCACCCAUGAUCAAUUAAUCUACUAUUCUGAACAUCAUUGGAAUGUGGAAGGAAACCAGAGCACCUGGAGAAUAUAGAAGCUCUUUAAAGACAGCGGCAGGAAUUGAACCAGAGCUGUGUGCUAACUGCUAUGCUACCACGUCCCUCCCUUGAUUAUGGGAUAAAUAACACAAUAUCAAUUCCAUUUCAGUACUGAAUGAACAGAUGAGGAAUUUCUAUAGCCAGAGGGUGGUGAAUCUGGAAUUCAUUGCUACGGUUGGCUGUGGAGACCAAGUCAUUAGGUAGAUAUAAAGCAGAGAUUAAUAGGUUCUUUAUUAGUAAGGGUGUUGAAGGAUUUUGGGGAGAAGGCAGAAGAUUGGGGUUGAGAGGGAUAAUAAAUCGCCCAUGUUGGGUUCUGCUAACUCUUCCUAUGUCUUAUGGUCUACUCUGGGCUUACAUAUUCUCAAGCCUCACAACCCUUCCUUAGACGUGUCUCGGCCCGAAACGUUGGCUACUCUUUUCUCACGGAUGCCGCCUGGCCUGCUGAGUUCUUCCAGCGUUGUGUACCACAGCAUCUGUUUGAUGUGUUUGAUCCACAGCAUCUGCAGUUGUAUCUUUGUGUUUUGACCCCUUAUCCUGUAUGGUGCCCACAAAACUGCCAGAGCACUGGUACUAUUCAUUCACGACCCUAGGUGCCAGCUCCAUACACCUAUCUAAACUUCUCUUGAAUGUUGAAAUCAAAAUCGCAUUCACCACUUGCACUAGCAGCUUGUUGCACACUUGCCACACUCUCUCUAAAGAAGUUUCCUCUUAAAUGUUUCCUCUUUUACCCUUAACUCAUGUCCUUCAUUUGUAGUCGCACACAACUACAGUGGGAAAAAUACAACUUCAACAUAACAUGCCAACUCCUGUAGUCAGUACUUUGAUUUAUGAAGGCCAAUGUGCCAAAAGCUUUCUUAAUGACCCAACCUACCUGUGACGCCUCUUUCAAUAAAUUAUGGACUUGUUAUCCCAGGUCCCUUUGUUCUACUGCUCACUGUGUAAGACCUACCCUGGAUGGUCCUCCCAAAGUGUACACCUAACUUGUCUGCAUUAAAUUCCCUGUGCUAUAAUUUGUAAACAAUUUUCUCAGCUGAUCCAGAUCCUGCUGCAAGCUUUGGUAGUCUUCCUUGCUGUCCACUACAUCUCCAAUUUUGGAGUUAUCUGCAAAUCUGCUGAUCCAGUUAACCACAUUAUCAUGUACCUGUGCAAAUUUCUCUUAAGUGUUACAGUUGAACUUCCAUGGUUUACCAGUUCCAUGGUCAGCUCACUCCAGCCUCUAGGUGAAGUUCUCCCUCAGAUUCUCCUUAAAUAUUUCAUACUUCACACGAAACCUGUCUCCGCUAGUUGUAGGCUUGCCUAGUAUAAAAGGGAGUAUUGUGGUAUAGAGCGAGCUAUUUCAGCAUCCACAGUGAGAUUGAAUGGAUGAUUAGAAAUGAGAAUGAAGAAUGUUGCUACCUGUUCCAUCUGGGAGGUAAGCUCGACAACAAUGGAUAAGGAUUUUUUUUCUAGUAGUUGUUGUGUCAGUCAUAUCUUGAUAACUACAUGCCUAUUCUCAGCAUGAGGGAGGAGAGUAUGGCACAAAAAAAUUGGUCAGAAAAGCAGGUUAAAGACUGAUGGUACUACUACUUCAAUGCCCAAAAAUAAAGCUGGAAAGGAGUUCCUAACCCUUGGCCGUGUAACUAUUCUGCUUUGAGAUUCAGCAAUACUUAGAGCUAAUCUGGAGACCAUUUUGCUGUCACAUCUACAAGGAGUGCUGCUUCAAGAAAGCAGCAUCCAUGAUCAAGUACCACCAUCCAGGCCCUGCUCUCUGCUUGAUACUGCCAUCAGGAAGGAGGUAUAGGAGCCUUAGGUCCCACACCACCUGGUUCGGGAACAGUUAUUACCCCUCAGCUGUCAGGCUCCAGAACCGGCGAAUAACUUCACUCACCUCAACACAGUGGAUUUGACAACCUAUAAACUCAUUCUCAGGACUUUACAACUCAUGCUCUGAAUAUUAUGUAUUUAUUUGUGUGUUUUAUGUUUUUUUUUGUACUUUCACAGUUUGCCUUUUGCACAUUGGUUGUUUAUCAGUCUUUGUAGUUUUUUCCCCCAUUGUAUACUGUAAUUGAUGUUUUUUUUCUUCUAUAUAUGUAUUGCAUUGAACUGCUGCUGCUAAGUUAAUAAAUUUCACGCCUCA